AUGCAUCAAAUUUAUUGUAAUAGGCACUUGUAUUUAAUUAUUAUUUUCAGCCUAGCUGUUUUAAUUAAUCAUUCUAUAUCAACUGAUGCGACUGAUAAACCCAAACAAUCAGAUGAAAACGAUAUCGGUGAUUCUCUACCAUCAGAAACAUCAAUUCAUCAACAGACUGAUAUCGUAACUAACCAGGUGAAUCCCAUUGAAGCACAGCCAGUACGAAACGGUGAAUCAAAGCACCAUCGAAUAAUUCUAUAUCCUAUCAAAAAAGAAAGUAUCGCUCUAGAGAAAGCUCCUGAUUCACAAGAAGAAAAUGUAGAUUUGUCAAGCGAAGAUGAAAGCAAUAGUGAUUCGGAAGAAAAAGAUGGUGAUGAUGGCGAUGAAAAUAUUGAAACUCCUUUAACGCCUGAAAUUGAACAUGCUAAUAUGUUGUAUCAUCAAGCAAUGAAACUAAUUAAUGUCACAAUUAAUCGUCAAUAUGAAUUAGCAUAUAAAUUAUUUAAACAAGCUGCUAGUCUAGGUCACAUUGGAGCAAAAGAAGAACUUGCUUUUGGCCAUAUUAUAGGUGUACAUUUACCAAUGAAUUUUAAUCUAGCUAAAGAAUAUUAUCAGCAAGGCGUUGAUGCUGGUUCACCACAAUCUCAUUAUGGACUUUAUUUUCUGAACAGUGCUGGUCUUAUUCCUAAUGCUAGUAUUUCAAAAGCAUUAGUUUAUUUAACAUUUGCUGCUGCUGAUGGUUAUCAUAUAGCACAAAUGGCACUUGCUUAUCGUUAUUGGCGUUCGAUCAAUGUUGGUCACAGCUGUGAAUUAGCUUUGAUGUAUUACCAACAAGCUGCUACAUAUGUUGCUUCAAAAAUAACAACUGCCAGUGGUUUAAUAGUUCAACGGAUUCAUUUACAAAACGAAGAAGAACAACAAUCAACACAAAAUAAUAUUUUAAUUGACAACAAUCUUUUACAGUAUUAUCAAUUGUUAGCUGAUCGUGGCGAUCCGCAAGCUCAGUAUGGUAUUGGCCAAUUGUAUUAUUUUCGUGAUGCAGCAUACGACAAAGCACUUUAUUAUUUUCGUUUAGCAGCUGAAAGUGGAAAUAUAAAUGCGUUAGCCUAUUUAGGAAAAUUAUAUUCCGAAAAAAAUGACUUUAUUAAACAAAAUAAUCAAACAGCUCUACAAUUUUUUCAAACUUCAGCUGAGAAGGGCAAUCCAAUUGGUCAGACUGGCCUUGGUCUUGCAUUCUAUUAUGGCACUGGUAUUGAGCAAAACUAUGAGAGAGCAUUUAAAUUAUUUCAAGCAUCAGCCGAACAAUCCUAUGCUGAAGGACAGCUGAUGCUUGGUGUUAUGUAUUAUAAUGGUCAUGGUGUUCGACGAGAUUAUAAGUUGGCUAUUAAAUGGUUUCAAGCUGCAUCUCAUUCAGGACAUGUUCUUGCCUACUACAAUCUUGCACAAAUGCAUGCAGCUGGUAACGGUGUAUUACGAUCGUGUUCAACAGCGACAGAUCUUUUUAAAAUAGUUGCUGAACGUGGUUCCUGGUCAAAUAUGUUUACGAGAGCAUUUCAAUUAUACAAUCAGGGACAUAUUGAGCAAGCAUUUAUGAUUUAUUUAUAUUUAGCAGAAAUGGGCUAUGAAGUUGCACAAGCUAAUGUUGCUUAUAUUAUUGAUCAAAUGUCAUUUGAUAUUUCAAAUUUGUAUAAAACACAAGAAGAACGAUAUAGAAAAGCUUUAAUCUAUUGGAAUAGAGCGGCCAUUCAAGGAUUUCAUUAUGCAAGAAUUAAAUUAGGAGAUUAUUAUUUCUAUGGAUAUGGUACUGAACAAAACUAUGAAUUAGCAGCUGCUCAAUACAAGUCUGCAAGUGAUCUAAGCCGAAAUUCUCAAGCGAUGUUUAAUUUAGCAUAUAUGCAUGAAAAAGGAUUAGGGCUAAAACAAGAUAUGCAUUUAGCAAGACGAUUCUACGAUAUGGCAUUAGACACAAAUAGAGAGGCUUAUUUGCCAGUUGCUUUGGUGCUUAUCAAAAUUCAAUUUGAACUCGCUUUUAAAAGAUUAUUUUCAAUAUUUUUCUCAUCUACGAAAACUAAACCAACAAAUACAAGAGAAAAUCAUUCGAACACGAUUGAUGUAGAUUCGUCAUGGGAUAUUUAUUUAAUGUUAGUAUUAUUUGGACUUAUAGGUAUUCUUUAUACAUUACGCAGACAACGAGUUGCUUUACAACAACAAUAA